AUGGCCAAGUUGUUCGUGCUUACCGGUUUGGCGCUCCUGCUGAAUGCCCAGAUAGGCUCUGCCUAUGUACUAUCAUGCUACUUCACCAACUGGGGCCAAUACAGACCAGGCCUUGGGCGCUACAAGCCAGACAACAUUGACCCUUGCCUGUGUACUCACCUGAUCUAUGCCUUUGCUGGGAUGAGAAACAAUGAGAUUGCAACCAUAGAAUGGAACGAUGUCACCCUUUAUAAAUCUUUCAACGGCUUGAAAAACCAGAAUGGGGAACUGAAGACUCUCUUGUCAAUUGGAGGCUGGAACUUUGGAACUGGACCAUUCAAUGCAAUGGUUGCCACUGCUCAGAACCGCCAGACCUUCAUCAACUCUGUCAUCACGUUCUUGCGCCAGUAUGACUUUGAUGGGCUGGACAUAGACUGGGAGUACCCUGGUGCUAGAGGCAGCACUGCUGUGGAUAAGGUCCUCUUUACCACUCUGGUUAAGGAAAUGUUGGAAGCUUUUGAGCAGGAGGCCAAACAAGUGAACAAACCUAGGCUGCUGGUCACUGCUGCUGUUGCUGGUGGCCUUUCCAAUAUAGAGGCAAGCUACCAGAUUCCUGAGCUUGGCCAGUAUCUGGACUAUUUCCAUGUGAUGACCUAUGACUUCCAUGGCUCCUGGGAAGGUUUCACUGGAGAGAACAGCCCUCUCUAUAAAGGUCCUGCUGACACUGGUAGCUACGUCUACUUCAACGUUGACUAUGCUAUGAAUUAUUGGAAAAGUAAUGGUGCCCCGGCUGAGAAACUCAUUGUUGGAUUCCCAACUUAUGGACACACCUUCAUCCUCAGUGACCCAUCCAACACUGCUAUUGGUGCCCCCACAUCUGGAUCUGGACCUGCUGGACCUUAUACAAGACAGGCUGGCUUCUUGGCUUACUAUGAGAUCUGCACUUUCUUGAAUGGAGCUACAGAAGUAUGGGAUACUCCUCAAGAUGUGCCCUAUGCCUACAAGGGGAAUGAGUGGCUUGGGUAUGACAACCUCAAGAGUUUCAACAUCAAGGCUGAGUGGCUGAAGAAGAACAACUUUGGAGGUGCCAUGGUUUGGUCCCUUGACUUGGAUGACUUCACUGGCACUUUCUGCAACCAGGGCAAAUACCCCUUGAUCACCACCUUGAAGAACGCUCUUGGACUACAAAGUGCAAGCUGCACAGCCUCUUCUUCUAGUAGCAGCCCAAGCAGCUCUGGAGGCAGCCCGAGUAGCUCUGGAGGCAGCCCAAGCAGCUCCGGAGGCAGCCCAAGCAGUUCCGGAGGCACUGGGUUCUGUGCUGGAAGAGCCGCAGGCUUAUAUCCGGACCCAACCAACAAGAACAGCUUCUAUCACUGUGAGAACGGGAGGACCUUCCUGCAACAUUGCCAGGCCGGUCUUGUCUUUGACGCCAGCUGCUCCUGCUGUAACUGGGCAUGA